AUUUGGUUAUUAGAUUCUAAGAUCGUAAGCAUGAUCAUGGUGUUUUUUUAAGUAUAUAAAAAGGUUAUGCCUUCGUCUUACUGAAUAAUGAAUAUUCAUUUAAUGCAUGGAAAAAAUUAAAAUGUACGGUCUAUCCUUUUUAUUGUUUCUCAUCUAUUUUAUUAGGUAGUUCUCAUGAUUCCAUGUUUAGUGUUUCGAUCUGUGUGGAAAAUUUCUGAACAACCAAUACCUCAAAUUUCUAAUCUAUUUUGCUGCAUAAUACAUAACUGUUUUAUACAUUAUUCACCAAUCAGCCAUGACGCAAGCAAGAAUUACUGAGAGAGAAUAUAUUUGUAUGUAUGUAUCUACAGCAGUUACUUGUCUUCUUCGAACAUGAAACCACUUUAGAUACAGGAAUCGUGUAUCACAGACCACAUCGUUAGUUCUCCAUUCGUAAGUAGGUACCUAAUAUUUAAUUUAAAACACAAAAAUAAGUUCAAAAUAUAAUGAAUCGAGUGCGUAGUUGUAUGAUAAGGAAUUAUAAGUUAAAUUUUACGGGACAUUACAAAGAAGAACAAAUUAUUCGUACAAUAAAAUCUAUACCACGUCCAAAAGCUUUGCCAAUCAUUGGCAAUAGCUUAGAUUUACUGAAAGGAGGAAGAGGUUCAAGGCUACAUGAAUAUAUUGAUGAACGGCACAGAAAGUUAGGAAAAAUAUUUAUAGAACAAUUUGGGAGUACCGAUUUAAUAUUUUUAAGCGAUGCUGCACUUAUAAAAACUGUAUUUAUUAAUCUAGAAGGAAAAUAUCCUAUGCAUAUAUUACCUGAACCGUGGAUUUUAUAUGAGAAACUUUAUGGGAAGAAAAGAGGUUUGCUCUUCAUGGAUGGAGAAGAAUGGCUGGGAAAUCGACGCAUUAUGAAUAAAUACCUGCUUAAAUAUAAUACAGAUACCUGGAUUAAAGAUCCAGUAACAUAUACAAUUAAUAAAUUUAUAGAAAGUUGGAAGGAAAAGGCGAAAAAAAGUAUCAUUGUAGAUGAUGUUGCAGCCGAGUUUUAUAAAGUCUCAACGAAUGUUGUAAUACAAGUUUUACUUGGCAACGUUACACCGCCGCCAAGCAAUCACCAUGAUGAAUUACUUAGUUUGUUCUCGUCAUCCGUUCAGAAAAUUUUUGAGACAACAACAAAGCUGUACGGUAUUCCAUUAAGUUUGUGUCAACGAUUAAACUUAAAGAUAUGGACGGAUUUCAAAGAAUGCGUUGACUUAUCUUUAUUGUUGGCUAACAAGCUUGUUAAUGAAAUGCUUGCAAUAAAAAAUGAGGGCGAUGGUCUAAUAAAAAGACUUGUUGAUGAAAAUAUCGAUGACGUAAACAUUUCAAGAAUUGUAACCGACUUUAUCAUUGCCGCUGGCGAUACAACGGCAUAUACAUCGCUAUGGAUUUUUUAUUUAUUAUCAAAAAACCCUCAAGAAAUUAAUAAUAUUAGAUGCAAAGGGCGAGACUAUAUUCCAUUUGUAAUAAAGGAAUCUAUGCGACUUUAUCCUGUUGCACCAUUUUUAACACGUAUCAUGCCGAAAGAUUGCUAUUUAGGGGAUUAUGAAGUUAAAGCAGGGACCCCUAUAAUAGCCUCAAUAUACACAUCAGGGCGAGAUGAACAAUAUUUCACUGACCCAGAAAAAUUUCUCCCUUCCCGCUGGGAUAGAAAUUCUAUUAGUAAAGAGAGAUUCAUAAAUCAUGAACCAUCAGCAUCUUUACCAUUUGCACUUGGUGCUAGGUCUUGUGUAGGGAGAAAAAUAGCUAUGCUUCAAUUGACAGAACUAAUUUGGCAGGUUGUGGAUAACUUUGAUUUUGAAUGUCUUCAUAGUGAUAAUAUUAAAGCAAUUACCUCACAAGUCUUAAUUCCAAACAAAUCUUAUGCACUGGAAUUAAAAUUGCUUAAUAAAUAAAUAAAAAAUAUUUUUUUUAAAGGAUUAUUAGUUAUUACAUAUAAUUUUAUAUUUAAUACAAAAUACAUGCAAAAAGUUGGUGUUAUUACAAUUCCAUAUUUUAUCAAAAUAUAAA